AGUGGCCCGCGCGCUAGCGCGCCGGGCUGUUUCCUAGGAGAUGAAACACACAAGCCGCGGGAGCUUCAUAAGGGAGCUAACGAGGAUGUUCAUAAGAAUGGAAGCACUGUUUCCUUGCCAGAUUCCUUAUUGCUGUAGUUCAUGAACCUUCUGAAUCUUGGGGAAGAGCCUGCAUUGAAUGAUGAUAAACCUGUCACCAGCCUAAGGAGUCUGAGGGAAAAACAAAAAGAGUAAAAGAAGCAUUUAAAUUUCUCUUCAACAAGAAAGUCAUUUCCAUCAACCAUUCCUGCCGCAUUUUUUCCGAGAUGAACCGAUAUACAACCAUGAGGCAGUUGGGGGACGGCACCUAUGGCAGUGUGCUUAUGGGCAAGAGCAACGAGUCGGGGGAGCUGGUGGCCAUCAAGAGGAUGAAGAGAAAGUUCUACUCUUGGGAUGAGUGUAUGAACCUAAGAGAAGUUAAGUCUCUGAAGAAGCUUAAUCAUGCCAAUGUGAUUAAACUGAAAGAAGUUAUCAGAGAAAAUGACCAUCUUUAUUUUAUAUUUGAAUAUAUGAAAGAAAAUCUCUAUCAAUUAAUGAAAGACAGAAACAAACUGUUCCCUGAAUCAGUCAUCAGAAAUAUUAUGUAUCAAAUAUUGCAAGGCCUGGCUUUUAUUCAUAAACAUGGUUUCUUCCAUAGGGACAUGAAACCAGAGAACUUGCUUUGUAUGGGUCCAGAACUUGUGAAAAUAGCUGACUUUGGACUCGCCAGAGAAUUAAGGUCCCAGCCACCAUAUACUGAUUAUGUAUCUACCAGAUGGUAUCGUGCACCUGAAGUUUUAUUACGGUCGUCGGUUUAUAGCUCUCCCAUCGAUGUGUGGGCUGUUGGGAGUAUCAUGGCUGAACUGUACACGUUACGACCGCUUUUCCCAGGGACAAGUGAGGUGGAUGAAAUCUUUAAAAUUUGCCAAGUUUUAGGAACUCCCAAAAAGAGUGACUGGCCAGAAGGGUACCAGCUUGCAUCCUCUAUGAAUUUCCGCUUUCCCCAGUGUGUUCCUAUAAACUUAAAAACUCUCAUUCCCAAUGCCAGUAAUGAAGCUAUUCAACUCAUGACUGAUAUGUUGAAUUGGGACCCAAAGAAACGACCAACGGCAAGCCAGGCUUUGAAACACCCGUAUUUCCAAGUUGGCCAAGUAUUAGGCGCCUCUUUACAUCAUCUGGACACCAAACAGGCUUUGAGUAAGCAGUUGAAACCACUGGAACUGACGAAGCCAGCUUUGGUCGAACUUGAACCUAAGCCUCUCUCAGACAUAAACGAUCUGCCUGUUGAACGGCCCGAGCCCAAGCGUAGCCAUCAACCACUGCAGGCCAUUCAGCCACAACCCAACUUCAGUGUCCCGCCGCCUGCAGAGCAGCAGAGUCACCAGAGACCGCCACAGACACUCUUUCCAAGCAUCCUCAAAAACACGCCCGCUAAGCCAAGUGGCACCCUGGGCCACAAAAGCACUCGCAGGCGUUGGGGUCAGGCGGUGUUCAAGUCUGGGGACAGCUGGGAAGAGUCUGAAGAGUACAAUUUUGGAGCCUCCCAUUCCAAGAAACCAAGCAUGGGCGUUUUCAAAGAAAAGAGGAAAAAAGAUUAUCCGUUUCGGCUUCCCGAGUCUAUACCCCCAGACGCCAACCACUUAGCAGAGGAGACCAAAAACUUACCUCCCGCUGUUUCCUUAAAAUCUGAUUCUGAAUUAUCAACUGCUUCAACAGCUAAGCAGUACUAUUUGAAACAAUCGAGAUACCUUCCAGGUGUAAAUCCUAAGAAUGUGUCUUUGAUAAGCAGUAGAAAGGACGCGAAUCCAUACACUUGGAAUAAUCCGUUAUUCUCUAAGUCCUUGGCGCCCCUUGGGGCAGAAUUUGCUUUCAAGAGAAGCAAUGCAGGGAAUCGUGGAGGUUAUGCUACUUACAAUCAGUCAGGAUAUAUUCCUUCCUUUCUCAAAAAAGAAGUCGGGUCAGCUGGCCAAAGGAUCCAUUUAGCACCUCUGGGUGCCACACCUUCAGCUUUUUCUACAGAUGGUGAUAGGAGGAAAGAAUACACCUGGACCACAAAGACUGGUCGGGGCCAGUUUUCAGGACCUACUUACAAUCCUACGUCCAAAACUCUGAACCUUGUGACCCGUGCGCAGCCAGUUCACUCUGUGCACGGAAGAACAGACUGGAUGGCCAAGUACGGGGGCCAUCGAUAGGAGGUACUGGCAUGGUGUCCAAGCAUUGUCUCACAGGGUGUGCCAGGCACCCCCCUCGGUAAACGUCUCCAGGUGUCUCUUUCUACCGCGCUCUGGAAGAAAUACGCUACAGUGGAUACUUCAAAGAGCAAAACUCACCUCCUGUUUUCUUUCCUUCCCAGCAUUGAAAUGGAUUUUCUUAGCAUCAUUGCCCACGUGCUGAUACACGGAUAGGACUUUACAAAGUAUUGAAUAAACUAUUUGCCAAAGUAUCAAGUAUUUGUUCUACAAAUUAAUAGAGAGUCAAUGUGAUAAGCAACCCUUUUUUUAAAAAAUGCCUCCAGAGAGCUGUUCCGUGAGGUGGGUGUCCAUCUGUGGCACAUCUGCCUCCACUGCUCAUUGUGUCGGCAUUUGGGAGCCGUCGGCCCUAGAGUGUGGCUCUGCCCCAUUUUCAUCAGCGCCCCGAGGAUAGGCCUCUGUGCUGUCAGCGAGGGUGCAGCUUUGGCUCUGACUCUACCCUUUGGCAAUGGCAGACAUUGUCAUUUGUCCCUUGCGUUUCUACUUUGAAACCAUGGAAACAAUGGUAAUUCCAAUCGAGCAGAAUGGCUUUCUUAGAAAAAAAAUUUAUUUUUUACCCUCGGGUAUACCAAAACUAGACACUCUGAUUUUAGGUGAGAAAGCCUGUGGUUAGCCAUUGACCAAUAAAACUUAACUUCUGGUGGCCGUCACAUCCGCUGGUUUGAGGACCCCACAGUUAGCCAAGGACAGCUUUGCUUCUCUUCAUGACACGGAGGAAGUCUGGGAAACUGAGUAGGACGUCUGUCCAUCAGACUUUCCAAAUAGCUGCAUGUGUGCAUGAGCUGCCCUCAAAGCAAACUCUUGCUGCUGCAGGUCACGGGUCUUGCCUUGACCUUGACACUGGCUCUGAGGAGCAGGUGUGUUCAGUUGCAACGGCAGUGGUUUCACUGAGGACAUUUCCUGUCCCCGCCCACUCCCCCUUCGCUUUAUUUCCAGAUUGGUAUUUAUUUGAAGUAGAUACUUUGAAUUUACAACUAUUUAAACCUGCCAUUUUCGGGGACUGGGCAUUGUUAGUACUGUAUAUUCUUUUUAAAGAAGAAUAAUGUUAUCAACUGCUGAUAUUUUUAUGUAUUGUAUGACUUUGUAACAAAUGCUGAUGGAGCUGGUGUCAUCUUGUGAGCAUUAUCCAAAGACACAUUCUAAAUAAGAAUGGUAUUUUCGCUACAGGAAUCUCCACUCACCUUGUUGAAAAAUAUGUUAAAAUCUAAAGUGUAGUUUAUUUUGAUGGUAACAUGCCACAAGGUUAAUCUUUAUGGUGAUGUGUAGUUGUAUAGUUUGCAUUGAUGUUUCAAAGCUAAAAUACUAUUUUCUGUUGCUGAAAAAAUGAAUAGAUAUUAAAACAAGUGUGGUUCA